AUGAUACUUACUGGUAAUCCUUUCUAUUACAUUGGUGGUGUAAGAACCAUAUUCAAUGAUGUUGACUUUUCUUCUAUGACUUAUUAUGAGUGUGUGACCUUUUUCAAACGUUUCAUGCAUGAAGAUUGUAAGAGGUUGUACUACUGUGAACCAGGCAUUUCCAUCAUGGAAUGGCUUAAUAGCAUUUCAGAUGAUGUGGAAUAUGCUACUUUUAUUUGUGAUGUUUAUGGAACAGAUGGUAUAAUUUUUGUUUAUGUGGAUCAUAUUGGGGUUGGUUUUGAUGGAUGGUUUGAUGAUGAUGGAUGUGAGUCAUAUAUUAAUGGUGAAAAUGAAGAUAGCAUAGAUGAACUCUGGAAUGUUGAGUUGGUUUUUACCGAUGAUGUAGUGCAUAUGAAUAGGACAUCAAAUGAUCAUUUCUUGGUUAAGUUAUGUGUUGAUGAGGAGGAGGAUAACAACAAAAUAAUUUAUGUUGGCUACUACCAGUGA